GCAUGAGGAUGUUUGACAAAUUUGACUUGACAUUAUUUAUUAUCAGUCAGUAAUCGUCAAGAUGGCGAAUGUGCGUGAUAGUGAUACGAGUUUGUGGCUACAUAAUAAACUCGGUAUUUCGAACGAUUCCUGGACUGGCGGCUCAAUAUGUUCACAAUUGAACGUAGAAGUUCUACGAAAUAUAAAAGAUUGUUUCCCAGACCUUCAGACACAAGUUAAAUUGAAGUUGUUACUAAGUUUCUUUCACAUUCCGCGUAGGAAUUUGGAAGAGUGGAAAUUGGAACUCGAGUCUAUAUUAGACGUAGCAGUCCAAGAUUCAGAACUAUGGGUAGCAAUGUUAGCAGAAGCAUUGAAAACUUAUCCCUCGACUGGCUCGUUGAAUACAGAAAUAUCAGAUUUGGAAGAAGUCAAGCCUAUAGUAACAGAUUUAGUGAACGAUCUGAGAAAAUUGAUAAGGAAACAGUUGGAAACUGUUAUGUUACCAAUGGAAUGCCAUUAUUUAAACAAAUCCGCACUUGUUUCUGUGGUGGGAAACAGGCAAGAACCUUUAAAACAUUUUACACUUAGGAAAAAGCAGAAAUCUGCGGUGUUACGAACUGAAUUAUUGCAAAAAUCAAUGGAUGCAGCAUCUAAUCUCAAAAAGUCGUCUGCUCCAGUUGUACCAGUGCGAUCUCGAGGAAUGCCACGGAAAAUGACUGAUACCACACCCUUGAAAGGCAUACCUAGCAGAGUUCCUUCAACCGGCUUUAGACCAAUAUCGUCAGGAUUAAACAACAGGCCCCAGCCGAUCAGACCUCCGGCCGGUAGGAAAGAAGGUGGAGUGAAAAUGUUAGACAUUGCAGAUCAGCCUAUAGGAUUCGCUACCGCCAAAAAACGAAAAAGGUUGCAAGAAAUGGAGAGUGCAAAGAAAGUGGCAACCGAAACGCCUGCUGUACAAAGUCCUCCAGUUACAACAGGUUCUACUCCAGAUUAUGCGUCUGGACUGGGCGCUGCUCCCACAUAUGCUCCGGCAACACCCCAACCCACGGUUCAACCAACAGCGGCCCCGGCUACACCUCAAGUUACAGCUCAACCGACAGUGGUUGUACCUGUGACCCAGGUACCACCAGCUGUAACUGUCCAGAGCGCUCCGGCUCCUCCGGCUGUCACCCAAUUCACUACCACUACCUCAUUGCGACCGGUACCGCCACUUCUGGCGACCACGCCUGUUGGACAAAGGACCAUAGUGGCAGACCAACAGACGUUCACCGUUGUAGGGCAGAUACCUGCUCCCAACAUAGUGACGCAGAGGCCGAUGCAGAACCAAUCCACCGUUACGCACAUACGAAUUCACACUCCUCAGCAGCCGGCCAGCGCUCUGCAGAAGAGAGGAUUGGCAUUGACGAGGGAGCAAAUGCUGGAGGCUCAGGAUAUGUUCCGAACUGCAAACAAAGUUACGCGCCCGGAGAAAGCACUCAUUCUUGGUUUUAUGGCCGGAUCGCGAGACAACCCCUGUCCCCAUCUGGGUAACAUAGUGACAAUAAAGCUUUCCGAGGACCAAGAAAACGUGCUUCAAUCCGACGCGAGUUAUCUGACGAUGAUGGUGGAGACGCAUUUCCAGAUGAAUUACAACAACGGGGAAUGGAAACGGAUAAAGAAGUACAGACAUAUAGAGAAUGUUGUCGAACCGGUGACGCAAAACGCUCAGGCUACCGCUUAUGUCUGAUAAUGAUCGAGCUUGGAGAUUAAACGGGCAUAUGAAACGAUAGCUGUUAAACACCCCUUCACUCAUAAAAGUUGUGUUGUUGUAGCAAACUCCUGAUGAAGGGUGAAGUCAGUAAGAGGGUGUUGCUCCAUGAAUUAGUACAUUCUAAAUGUAUCGCAAAAUAUCGUAUUCUUCCAAGAUUUUUUUUAUGAGAUAUAUACACGAUGUUUCAUGAUAAAUUGUUAGACUCUAUAUCAUUAAGGCAAAAAAACUAACAAAUCGAUUAUAUAAUAAUUCUCUUUUUGUACAAAAUAUAAAUACACAGAAAAGACUUGAAUGAAAUUCGCAAAUGAUUAACUUGUUAUUUGUAGAAUCAUUUUAUUAAUUUGUACAUAUGAGAUUGUAUUCAGUUGGAUAUUUAGAAGAAAAAUUAUUGAUCUUGUUAUAUUUGUACAUACUUUGAUUUAGUUAAUGGAUACAUUGCCAAUUCUGAAACCCUCAGGUUCGAAAAAGCUUUCAUUGCGACGCGAUUUUAACAUCGGCAAUUUUAUAACCUCAAAAUGUUCAGCCAUCUUGUCGUCCCCGAUAGCGAAGAAUUUGCGGUAUCGAGACGACGUCAUUUUGAAGAUAUUUAUACAAAUUGUUAUAAAAUAAAGAUUAUUAUUUUAUAAA